AUGAAAAAUUUUCCAGGUUCGAACGCGAGCAGCAUACAGCAAUUGAUAGCCAACGAACAACCGAUGUCGACAACCGACGACGCUGCCGCCGUGAGAAAUUUAACAGAGCAAAUAGACUUGGACGAAGUCGUUUUUUCCAAUGAUGGAACAACGACGACGAUGACGAUGAUGACGAAGAAACGAAGGAGUCCGUCGAACGCGACUUUGCAAAGCAUAGGUUUAGACGGAUUCGAUAAUUUAAGCGAUAUCGAUCAAGUACAAAUAUUGCCUAAUUCGUUCGAAAACAUAAUAAUGUCGAACAUUGAUCGAACGUUGCACGGAGAUUUCGAUGGGAAAAAUUCCUCGGCGGCGGCGGCGGCGGCGGCGGCGGUGGGAAACGUUAAUCUGCCGUCGGAAGGAGGAACGUGCAACAGCAGCAACAGCAGCAGCAGCGGCAGCGAAUCCGCAAACAAACAACAAUGCGACUCUGGGAAUAAUUUAAGCGCGAGCAAACUUCGGAAACUCCAAGAAUCGACCAUGAUCGAAAGCGCUUUGGAUUUGGAUACACUCGAAGAACAAUCGGUCGUAUCGAUCAACAGCGGGAAUUCGAGUCAGACGGGUCUUCUCAAGUGCACUCCAGCAUCCGUGUAUCAUUGA